CCUGCAUUUGUUUUGAGACCAGGGUGUGUUUCUCUCUCGGCCCAUGUAACGUCGCUGGUCCUCAACUCUUUCUGACCGAAUUUCGCCCUAAAAUGGACUCGCAGACGUUAUUCAGGGUGGCCGCCCUCCUGGUCCUGCUGGCCUUGUGCGCCCAACAAGGCGAGGCCAUCAAGUGCUGGGUGUGCAGGUCGGACGCUGACCCUAAGUGCGCUGACCCCUUCGACAACUCGACCCUGCCCAUCACAGACUGCUCCAAAGAAGUCGGCUUGUCGCACCUUCCGGGCAUACGCCCUAAUCUCUGCAGGAAGAUCAGGCAGAAAGUAAAUGGCAAGUGGCGCUACUACCGCAGUUGUGCGUAUCUGGGAGAACCGGGUAUUGGAGGCGACGAGCGUUAUUGCCUGAUGCGUUCAGGCACCUACAACAUCUUCAUGGAGUACUGCACCUGCAACAGCAAGGACGGCUGCAACUCGGCAACAAGCAGCUCCCUUUCGUGGUUGGCCGUCGCUGCUGCGGCCACGACGGCCGCCCUCAGAAGACUAAUAUGACCGUCCUAACUUUGAUAUUAUUUCAACUGAAAGAGACUUUUUGAUUGUUUUUUUAGAUAGGGUGCAUCGAAUCUCGUUAAUCAGAGGAGAGAUUUUUUUUCUCUCGAAAAGCCUGCUUUUUGGCAGAGUUCGGAAAGAAAGAAUCGUAUUUUAAGGAGAGCAUUGACAGAUGGAGGCCUUCAAUAUUUUCAAGUGCUGACUGUAGAGAUAAUAAAUAUACGUCCAUAUUUUGUGAAAAUGAUCCGUCCAAAUAGGAAAUGCAGGUUUUAUAGAAACCCUAUUUUUAAAGAAGACAACUAAUCUCCCAAUUAUUUUGCCAAAAAAAUUAAUUCCACUGGCUCAAGUGUAAAAAGCCAUUAAAAUGUUUUUUUCCAAUUGUGGCAGCAUAUCAUUCCAAUUUUAAUAUACAAUUGUCAUUAAAUUUUACUUUUGAAUUUGAUGAGGAAAAACAAUGUAACAAAAUUCCUAUGCUCAUUCCAUAGCUUGUAGAUACCGAAUCAAAAAUCAUGUAUUUUUGUAUUGACAUAAUUAAUAAAUUUUAUUUUUACGUUUUAAUAUACAAUCUGACCAUAACAAUUGCUUCACAGAGAGAAACGAUGAUACAAUGAUUGUUCUGUCUGUUGUGUUGAUGUAAUAAUAAAGACCAAAUUGUAUAGCA